AAAGAAAAAAGAAAAAUGCAAUCAACAAUUAUACCUUUCCUUCCGCAGAAUCCUCGUCCAGAUUUCUCUGUUUAUCUUUGGUAGUUCGAUGCUGAAGUCAAGCACAUCAAAAUCCAGACCAAGGAGGAGCUGUAUCGCAUUACGGAGAAGAAAGCCUUCAAAGGACUUGUAGGGGAAAAGUCUCAAGUACUUUGGCUCAGCCAAGGCUCGCUAUAAUUUCUGUGCACGAGAUCGGACUGAAUUGUCCUUGUCAGAGGGAGACAUCAUAAAGAUUCUCAAUAAGAAAGGACAGCCAGGAUGGUGGAAAGGAGAGAUCUAUGGUCGA